UUCGGGAAACAGGGAUAUCAGUGCCAAGUCUGUAGUUUCGUCGUUCACAAGCGAUGUCACGAAUACGUGACCUUCACGUGUCCGGGGGCCGACAAAGGAGCCGACUCGGACGCGGCGAGCCAAAAGCACAAAUGGGAGGUUUUCACGUACCUGACGCCGACCUUCUGCGACCACUGCGGCUCGAUGCUUCACGGUAUCGCCCAUCAGGGACUCAAGUGUUCAGCAUGCGACAUGAACGUGCACAAAAGAUGCGAGGAGAGCGUGCCGAAUCUAUGCGGAUGCGAUCACACCGAAAGACGUGGUCGUAUACACCUGCACAUCUCAUGUGCCGGUAGCAAACUCUCCAUAGAAGUGCGAGAGGGACGAAAUCUCAUUCCGAUGGAUCCGAAUGGGCUAUCGGAUCCCUACGUUAAGCUGAAGCUAAUCCCGGUAAUCCCGGAUUCGGACAACGUGAAGAAGAAAACGAAGACAAUCAAGGCGUGCUUAAAUCCAGAAUGGAACGAGACAAUCAUCUUCGACCUCAAACCCGAGGAUAAAGAUAGACGGCUGCUGAUCGAGGUAUGGGAUUGGGACCGAACAUCCAGAAACGAUUUUAUGGGAUCCUUAUCCUUUGGCAUAUCGGAGCUUAUUAAAGCGCCUGCAAGUGGAUGGUUCAAGCUGCUCACUCAAGAGGAAGGAGAGUUCUACAAUGUACCUGUUCCAGAGGAAGGCGUCGACCUCGCCGAGCUUAAAACCAAAAUGCGGAAAACUUCGGUGACGAAAAAGACACACACGGCCCAGGACAAGGAUGUGCCGCACAACAUGGGCAAGAGUGACCUGAUAAGAGCUAGCGAUUUCAAUUUCUUAAUGGUACUUGGCAAAGGCAGCUUCGGCAAGGUCUUGUUGGCGGAGAGAAAGGGAACUGAUGAACUGUACGCCAUCAAAAUCUUGAAGAAGGACAUCAUUAUCCAGGACGACGAUGUGGAAUGCACAAUGGUUGAGAAACGUGUACUCGCGCUCUCGAGCAAGCCGCCCUUCCUGGUGCAAUUGCAUUCUUGUUUUCAGACGAUGGAUCGCCUGUACUUCGUGAUGGAAUAUGUGAACGGCGGCGAUCUGAUGUACCAAAUACAGCAGUGUGGCAAAUUUAAAGAGCCUGUGGCAGUAUUCUACUCGUCUGAGAUAGCGAUCGGCUUGUUCUACCUGCACUCGCGCGGUAUCGUUUACCGCGAUCUCAAGCUUGACAAUGUCUUGCUGGACCAAGAUGGUCACAUAAAAAUUGCGGACUUCGGCAUGUGCAAAGAAGGCAUCACCGGUGACAAGACCACCAAGACCUUUUGCGGCACGCCUGAUUACAUAGCGCCUGAGAUUAUCUUAUAUCAACCUUACGGAAAAUCCGUAGACUGGUGGGCUUACGGUGUAUUACUCUACGAGAUGUUGGUAGGUCAGCCUCCGUUCGACGGUGAGGAUGAGGAUGAACUUUUUUCCGCGAUUACGGACCACAAUGUCAGUUACCCGAAGAGUCUGUCUAAAGAAGCCAAAGAAGUUUGUAAAGCGUUUCUCACGAAGAAUCCGAGCAAGAGACUGGGAUGCGGAAUGCGCGGCGAAGAAGACGUGCGAAUCCAUGCAUUUUACCGGCGUAUCGAUUGGGAGAAGAUAGAGAAUCGCGAGGUGCAGCCACCUUUUAAGCCAAAAAUUCAACAUCGUAAGGAUGUGAGUAAUUUCGACAAGCAAUUCACCUCAGAGAAGACAGAUCUGACCCCCACGGAUAAGCUAUUCAUGAUGAAUUUGGACCAGACGGAAUUUAUGGGUUUCUCGUAUCUCAAUCCGGAGUUUGUGCAACAUGUUUAAGCGAACUUUUCUGUCUUAGGCUUCUACCCAUUCUUCACUUCAUUCCUCAUCAUUCAUCUUUCUUGUUAUCACUCAGGGCUCUCUCUCUCUCUCUCUCUCCCCCCCCCUCCUCUCUCUCUCAUGCUCUCUCUCACUCACUCA